AUGAAUCCUUUACACAGCGGUGAGAGACCAACUGCAGGUACGAUUGCAUUGUCUGUCUCCCCACCGGCAGUGCCAGGCGCAGCUAUGGCGCAUGCGACACCUAGUUCCAGGGGACGGGACAUCAGAGAGGAUGCCCGGGAGUUAGUAUCAAUAUGGGAGAUAAAGCGUGAUCCUCAAGUACAGGCUCACUGCGUGCCUCAACUAGCUCCCAAUGACACUGAUAUAGGUGCGUUGCACACCGAUUCGAACAUCCGAAGCGAGUUAGUAUAUUCACAGCCUGGUCACCUGAGCGGCGCAACUAACACAAAUACCGAUCCGUCAAACACUGAGAUAAUGCCAGACGGACCGUCGACAGCCCUCGGUCCACCUUUAGAGCCGCAAGGAGUUAAAUACCAACAAGCUUCUACCUCUGGCCUCGCAGAUGCAGUAAGUCCUGUUCUAUAUGGAUCGACGACAUCGCAACCUACACCUACUCAUGGGUCAUCCUCAAUAUCCACUGGAGCUAAUGCAGUGCAAUUUGCCGUAGCUCCAAAUACAGCGGUUUUUGCUCACUAUCCUGCAGGUCACCUGGCCGGUAAGUUAUAUAGAUAUCUGUCGUACAAUCAGAAUAGUUUUCCGUUCACGUUGUAA